GACCAGCGAGGGGGCGUGCCCGUGUUGCCUCGAUCAAGCCACUCAUCAGUGAGGGCCUUGAAACAUGUGGUGGUGGCAUGGGUGGUUUGGAGGCAGCGCUUACCCUUGUUGGGGCCGUUGCGGAUGAGAUACUGACACGGGGAGAAGCCGCCGGUGCUGUUGGAACCACUGCUACCCCCGCGUCCUCCACUGCGCCCCCCGCCACGUCCACCACCCGAUCGUCCCGCCGAAGUACCGCCACGGCCAGCACCACGUCCUCCUUUUGCUUGGGCAGCAUGAGCCGUUGGAGGAGACUGGCGGAGAAGCUCCGCUUCAGUUUUCAGAAUCCAUGCGGCUACAUAGGCGGAGUCGGGUGGGAAGCUGGCGUGGACCUCAUUGAACGCCACGCGACGGGCCUCAUACAUGGGUGUGAGGCCGUCGAGGAGGCGGCAAACGAUGAGGGAGUCGGGAAGGGGAGAGCGACGAUCGGCAAGGCGUUUGGCAGUGGUGAGGAGGCGGCGCGUGAAGGAGAGGGCGUUGGGGCAGGAGUCAGGUUGAUGUCGAGGAAGGCGCGGUGGAGCGCUAGGAGAGAGUUGGUGUCCUGGAGGUCAUAGGUGGCACAUAGCUCUUUCCAGAACUCGGGAGCGGAGGAGGGGGUAAUUUCGCGUUUGAGGGAGGAAGGAACGCAUGCAGACAGGAUAGCGAGACAUUUGCGGUUGGCAACGUUCCAGGCAGAGUGGCGACGACGGUACUCACGAAAGUCGUCAGCAUACUUAGCCGUGGCGUCCUUGUGCUGUUGGAGGAGUGUGUUGGCGCGUCGUGCGCAGCUUGCUCUGCGUCAUACGCGUGAUGGAGGAGAGUGUACUCCGCAAAGUCCUUGUCAUAUUGGUGUUGCACGCGAGCCCAGCGAUCAGGGUCGUCGGUGUAGACCAGAGGCAGUAGUCGUUGAUGAUAGCGGAUCCGAGGACAUUGGUAAGGCUCUGGGCAAAGGUAGCCCAGUUGACAGGGACGGCGUCGUCGAUGAGCUCGAGGACGUCGAUGGUGGAGAUGUCGACGGCGAGUGUUUCGGUGGUCAUGGUGCGAUUGCGGAUG